AAAGUAUAAAGCAUACAACACAUCAACCAAAAAAUAACAAAAGCCUCUCUUAACAACUUCUCCACCGCCGCCGGAGAAAAAAACCCACCACCAUACCAUGAUCUCCAAAGACUGUGGCUCCCAUAGUCACUCUCGCCGGAAACUAAUCCGUCGCAUAAUAUGGUCAAUAAUCAUCAUCCUCUUCAUAAUCUUCCUCACAAUACUCCUCAUUUGGGCAAUUCUCCAACCUUCAAAGCCACGUUUCAUCCUCCAAGACGCCACCGUCUACGCCUUCAACGUCUCCGGUAAUCCACCGAACCUCCUCACCUCCAACUUCCAAGUCACUCUCUCUUCCCGGAACCCUAACGACAAGAUCGGCGUUUACUACGACCGUCUUGAGGUCUACGCUGCUUACCAGAACCAGCAGAUCACUUACCGAACAUCGAUCCCUCCUACGUACCAAGGACACAAAGAAGUCAACAUCUGGUCGCCGUUUGUCUACGGAACCUCCGUCCCCAUCGCUCCUUUUACCGGCGUUAGUCUUGACGGCGAUCAAGAAAACGGCGCCAUUAGGUUGGAUAUUCGUGCUGACGGCAGAGUGAGGUGGAAGGUUGGGGCGUUCAUCACAGGGAAGUAUCAUCUUUAUGUGAGGUGUCAGGCGUUUAUUAACUUCGCUAAUAAAGCUGCUGCCGGAGUUAUUGUCGGAGAUAACGCCGUUAAGUAUACGUAUGCUCAGGGUUGUAGUGUUAGUGUCUAAAACUGCAACGGAGCGAAAGCAGGUAAGCAAAGGUCUCCGUUAGAUAUUAUAUAUGAUGUGAAUUGUACAUUUUGCUUAUACGAUGGCAAAUUAUUACAGAUCCGUGGUGUUGUUGUAACGAGUUAUGAGAAUUUAAAUAUGAAUACUUUUUACAAUUAAA